AUGCGGCGGCUACCAGAUCAACCGUCAAAACAUGAGGUUCGUAGAUAUGCCGGGCUGACUGCGCGCGAAUGGGAUGACGUAUUUGUUGCGAUAAUAACCAAAGAAGCGAGGAGGCUCAGAGAACAAGACCCUGACAUAUUAUGGAGGGCCCUCGAUCAAGAGACAAAGAACGCAAUCGUGAACAAUGUCAACCAGAAGUUAGCCGAAAAGAAUAUCCGACCAGUGAGCUUGGAAGUCGUAGGGAAACGUCUCGGUCUAUCGUUAACUCGCAUGAAGCAUGAAGCUCGCAAGAAAGCAUUAGCUGCGCAACAAAAGGCACCUACUAAUGCUGCUGCCAUUACUACUAGCACGGCGGCCCAACGAGCCCGACCUUAUGACCCUGUGCGAGACCUAUGA